AUGAAGGCGGGAGUGAUUCACUGUAGGUGCUCCAGGUGCUUUGCCUUCCCUUCCAAGCGGCGGGUCCGGAAGAGGCCUCGUGUCCUGACGCUCCUGAGCCUGCCUGAGGAUGUCCUCUUUCAUGUCCUGAGAGGCCUUCCUGCUGAGGACAUCCUCUCAGUCAGAGCUGUGCACUCCCAUCUCAAGUACCUAGUGGACAACCAUGCCAGUGUGUGGGCCUGUGCCAGCUUCCAGGAGAUUUGGCCUUCUCCAAACAACCUGAAGAUGUUUGAAAGGGCUGCUGAAAGGGGCAACUUUGAAGCUGCUGUCAAGCUGGGCAUUGCCUACCUCUACAAUGAAGGCUUGUCCAUCUCUGAUGAGGGAAGAGCAGAGGUGAAUGGACUGAAGGCCUCUCACUUCUUCAGCCUGGCAGAGAGGUUGAAUGUGGCUGCAGCUCCUUUCAUCUGGCUCUUCAUCCGGCCCCCCUGGUCCCUGAGUGGAAGCUGCUGCAAGGCUGUGGUCUAUGAGAGUCUGAAGGCAGAGUGCCAGCUGCAGAAAGCUCAGAAGGGAUCCAUCCUCCACUGCCUGGCUAAGGUCCUGAGCCUCUUUGAGGAUGAAGAGAAGAGAAAAGAAUCCCUUGAGAUGCUUGAAGAGUCCUCAAAGCAGGGUUGUUUAAACAGCUCCUACCUCCUUUGGGAAAGCAACAGAAAGGCUGCUAUGUCAGACCCUGGCAGAUACCUCCAAAGCCUCAGGAAGCUACGAGACUAUGCAGCGAAGGGCUGCUGGGAAGCACAGAUUGCUUUAGCCAAAGCCUGUGGGAAUGGAAACCAGCUAGGAUUAGAAGCCAAAUCUUCCAGUGAAAUGGUCUCCCAGAUCUUUCAAGCUUCCCUGCCUGUCAGCAAGCAAAGUAUCUUCACUGUGCAGAAAGGAAUGAAUGAAACCAUGAGGUACAUCCUGAUCGACUGGCUGGUGGAGGUGGCCACCAUGAAGGACUUCUCCAGCCUGUGCCUGCACAUGACGGUGGGCUGCGUGGAUCGGUACCUGAAGCUGCGAGCCGUGCCCAGGGCCCAGCUGCAGCUGCUGGGCAUAGCCUGCAUGGUCAUCUGCACACGCUUCAUCAGCAAGGAGAUCCUGACCAUCAGGGAGGCUGUGUGGCUGACAGACAACACCUACAAGUAUGAAGACCUGGUGAGGAUGAUGGGGGAGAUCAUCUCUGCCCUGGAAGGGAGGAUAAGGAUCCCUACCAUUGUGGACUACAAGGAGGUGCUGGCAAACAUAGCCUGCCUGGAGAGGAGAACCCUGCACCUUUACAGCUUCAUCUGUGAGCUCUCAGUCCUCAACACCAGCCUCUGUGUGUACUCUCCAGCUCAGCUGGCUGCUGCUGCACUGCUGCUGGCUAAGGUCCUGCACAGGCAAGCACACCCCUGGAGCAGCCAGCUGGCUGACUGCACUGGCUUCUCCCUGGAAGACCUCCUGCCCUGCGUGCUGAGCCUCUACCAGAAGUGCUUCCACGACGCCAUCCCCAAGGACUACCGGCAGGUGUCCCUGACCGCCGUCAAGCAGCGCUUCGAGGACGAGCGCUACGAGGAGAUCGGCAAGGACAAGGUGAUGAGCUACAGCCAGCUCUGCUCCUUGCUGGGUGUGAAACAGGAGGACCCAGAGCCCAGCCCCUUGCACAGGGCUGUGGUGGAAAUUCAGCCUUUCCUCAGCUCUCCCUGUGGCAAGAGAACUAAAAGGAGGAGGGAAGACAGCAUUCAGGAUGACAGAGGCAGCUUUGUGACGACCCCCACAGCAGAGCUCUCCACCCAGGAGGAAAGCCUCCUGGACAACUUCCUGGACUGGAGCCUGGACAGCUGCUCUGGCUAUGAGGGGGAUCAGGAAAGCGAAGGCGAGCGGGAUGGAGACGUGACAGCCCCCAGUGGGAUCCUGGACGUGACAGUGGUGUACAUGGACCCCGCGGAGCACUGCUGCCAGGACUCCAGCGACGAGGACAGCCUGGCUGCAGCCUGGGCCCCCUGCAGCCCCCCCCAGCUGGAGGGCAGCUCAGGCUACUCCUCUGUCAACAGUGCCAGCCCUGCAUCUCCUCUAGAAGGCAGCCUUGGAGCACCUCUCAAACCUACCUCAGCGCUGGCUCUGAGCAGGGGGCCCUGCCCGGCCCCCUCCCCGCAGCCCUGUUUACAGCCCCCCCGGGCCCUGCCCGGCCAGGCCAAGUGUGACAGGAGGCAAGUGAAGAGGAAAAACGUGGCAGGACACAGUGAAGAAAGGGUCACCUGGGGCUUCCUCAGCCUCUGA